CUUGUUAUCUAGAGGGUUAGUGACUGUAACUGUGUUAUGGCAACAAUUUAAUUGCGUUUUUAGUCGAUGUUUACUUGCACCUGUCAUCACCAAUUUUAGGGCGUUCGUAAAUUCCUCAAUUACUAUCGCUAGCAAACCAGAGUGCUCUGAAAUUGGAGCCGAUUACCAAUGUGAAUACGAACGCACCCCACAUUUGAAGUUCACGAGAAAAUUACAUCAGAUGUCUCGUUCUGCGCAAAUUUCUGCCACGUUCAAAACAACUGGGAACUCGGAAAUCUCUGACUUCCGAGCGUUCAAGACAUCUGAGAACCCGGAAAAAGACGAGCCUCGACUGGGAAAAAUCGUUUGAGCUGUCAUCCAACUGGGAACUCCAAGUCUGGAAACUCGGACAUUUUUCUAGAGCUCCGACUUUCCGACCCGAAAUGAAGAUCACCGACGUCAUGAGUUGAACUCGGUUAUUUCUGAGUUCCCGGUUGUCUUGAAAGCACCAUUUACACCCAGCAGAGAGAGAGAGGCCUCUUCGGGGAUAGCGAAUCGGAGUGAGGAUAGCAAACAUAAUCGCUAAAGAUGGCGGCGGAGAGAGACACAGAAAAUAAUACUGCAUGUAUUAUCAUCGCUAAGCAAUGUUUUUUUUAGAUAGGUGGACACGCAAAAUACCGAGAGCUUUUAAGUUGAAGUCCCGUGUUGCGCACAUUACUUGUUUUUCCCCCACUGGAGCGCCCAAGUUCCAUGUCAAGUUAGCAGUGUUGGCUAGCUAGCCUGAUUGGAUUGCACAUAGAUUUGAUGAGCGAUUAAAUGUGCCACAAACUGUCCAUGAAGCUAUUGGACAACAUCGUCUCUUACUGUGGGAUACAGCUUGCCAGCCUUUCAACUGGACCCGCGACACGGCGAGUGUUGAGUCGAAGUGACUGACCGUCAUGUAUUUUCUAACUGGCUGGCCUCGGAGGCUACUUUGUCCACUGAAAAGUGAAGAAGAACCGUUUCAUGUUCAACCCAGCUCCCAGAGGUUUUACUUCGCUGUAUUGUCCGAGACUCAACUAAGCGUCUGGUUUAGUCGGCCCAGUGUUCUGAUAGUGAGCUACAUAGAGUCGGCGAAAGCAUCAUCCCAGUUUGGCUUCUAUCAGCAGGCCGAAUGGAAGCAGGACGAUUCCAUGAUAGCAGUAGCGGCUGCCAAUGGCUACAUCCUCCUGUUUGACGUGGUGGGAGGAGGAGAGGACAAGUAUCUUUAUGAACCCGUCUAUUCCAAAGGGAGUCGUGGUGUUAAGGUCACCCCAGGUUAUAAAGAGGAGCAGUGUGCCCCCGCUCUCAGCCUGGAGAUGAAGAGACCCAUAGACCUGGAGGCUCCCAUUACCAGCAUGCAGUCUCUUCAGGAGGAUCUAUUGGUGUCUACUGCUGAUGGCUACCUCCACGUCCUCCACUGGAAUGGAGUCAGCAACGGCAGGAAGGCCAUCAGUCUCUGUAGUGUCCCUUUCUCCCUGGACCUACAGUCUGCCAGAGGUGGUCUGUGUCUGGACCUGAAGGGGGUGUACAUCAGAGACAUGACCUACUGUGUGACACUGGAUGGCUUUGCUGUGGUGCUUGAUGAUGGCAGGCUGGGGUUCAUCACUCCUCUAGCCAACAGGAUCACUGCAGAUCAGCUGCAGCGCGUCUGGGCAGCAGAUGUAACAGACGGCCCGUGUGUGGCUGUCAACAAUAAGUACAGACUGGUGACCUUUGGCUGUGCCAGUGGCUCAGUGUUGGUAUACAGUAUCGAUACCACUACAGGGUCCAUGCAGCUCUCCCACAAGCUGGAGCUCACUCCUAAACACUACCCCGACGUGUGUAACAAGACAGGCGCGGUGAAGCUGAUCCGCUGGUCCCCUGACUACAGUGUUGCCAUGGUGACCUGGGAGUGCGGGGGACUGUCUCUGUGGAGUGUGUUCGGAGCCCACCUCAUCUGUACCCUGGGGGAGGACUUUGCGUAUCGGUCAGACGGCACUAAAAAGGACCCUAUAAAUAUCAGCUCAAUGUGCUGGGGAGCAGAGGGCUACCACCUGUGGGUCAUCACCAGCAGAGAGGAGGCGGAGCUAGUAGAGAACAUGGAGGAGGCUCCUCCCCAGACCCAGCAGGCUGGCAUACUGCAGUUCAACUUCAUCAAGAGCGCCCUCACGGUCAACCCCUGCACGAGUAACCAGGAGCAGGUGUUACUUCACGGGGAGGACCGUCUCUACCUAACCUGUGGUGACCCCACCCAGCUCUCCUCCGGCAGCUCAGAGAGCCCCCACCCCCAUAACCUCCCCCACGGCGGGGAGGGCAGCCCCACCCACCACCCCUCGCCCAACUCUACUUUACUGGGAUACAAGCACUGGCACGUGGUCCAGAUUCACAGCACAUACCUAGAGAGCAACUGGCCUAUACGGUUUGCAGCCAUAGACACAGCAGGCCAGUGUAUAGCUGUAGCAGGGAGACGUGGCUUUGCACAUUACUGCAUGUCCACCAGGAAAUGGAAGCUGUUUGGGAACAUCACUCAGGAGCAGAACAUGACCGUGACGGGAGGGCUGGUCUGGUGGAACGGCUUUGUUGUUGUUGCCUGUUACAAUUUCAUCGACCGGCAAGAAGAGCUGCGUCUGUACCUGCGGUCGUCUAACCUGGAUAACACCUUCUCCUCCGUCACCAAGCUGCACUCUGACACUCUGCUGCUCAACGUGUUCAGAGACAUGAUCAUCCUCUUCAGAGCAGACUGCUCCAUCUGCCUCUACAGCAUGGAGAGGAGACAUGACGGGCCCAAUCCAUCAGCCAGUGUUGAGCUGCUUCAGGAGGUGUCCAUGUCUCGCUACAUUCCUCAUCCUGCCCUGGUGGUGUCAGUCACCCUCACCUCCGUACGCACAGAGACCGGCAUCACGCUCAAAGCCCCACAGCAGGCCUGUAUGGCAGACAGCAUCAUACUGAACCUGGCAGGCCAGCUCAUCAUGCUACAGAGAGACCGUUCUGGACCCCAGCUACAGGAGAAGCUGCCGUUCUGUCCUCCAGUGGUUCUGGCCCAGUAUGUAGAGAAUGUGUGGACGACGUGUCGUAGUAACAGAAAGAAGCGUCACCUACUGGAGGCUCUGUGGCUGUCGUGUGGAGAGGCUGGGAUGAAGGUGUGGCUCCCCCUGUUCCCUCGUGACCAUCGUAAGCCCCACUCCUUCCUGUCCCGCCGCAUCAUGCUGCCCUUCCACAUCAACAUCUAUCCCCUGGCUGUGCUGUUUGAAGAUGCUCUGGUUCUGGGAGCUUCCAACGAGACUGUGGUCUAUGACAGCCUGCAGGGUCCCAGAGAGGGCCGGGAGUCCCUAGAGGGGUUGUUCCCCUACUGCACGGUGGAGAGGACAUCCCAGAUCUACCUCCACCACAUCCUGAGGCAACUCCUGGUCCGUAACCUGGGGGAGCAGGCCCUUCUCCUGGCCCAGUCCUGCGCAGCGCUCCCCUACUUCCCCCACGUCAUGGAGCUCAUGGUCCACGUGGUGCUGGAGGAGGAGGCCACCUCCCGGGAGCCCAUCCCUGACCCGCUGCUGCCCACCGUGGCCAAGUUCAUCACAGAGUUUCCCCUGUUCCUCCAGACCAUCGUGCACUGCGCCAGGAAGACAGAGUUUGCCCUGUGGAACUACCUGUUUGCUGCCGUGGGCAACCCCAAGGAUCUGUUUGAGGAAUGUCUGAUGGCCCAGGACCUGGACACCGCUGCAUCCUAUCUCAUUAUACUACAGAACAUGGAGGUUCCAGCAGUGAGCAGGCAACACGCUACACUACUCUUCAACACGGCUCUGGAGCAGGGCAAGUGGGACCUCUGUCGUCACAUGAUCCGAUUCCUCAAGGCCAUUGGCUCUGGAGAGAUGGAGACCCCACCCCCAACACCAACCACUCAGGAACCCAGUUCGACGGGAGGUUUUGAGUUCUUCAGGAAUCGCAGCAUCAGUCUGUCUCCGUCAGCUGACAGCAUCGCUGCUGGGAAGUUUAACCUACAGAAGACCUUCAGCAUGCCCUCUGGGCCCUCUGCUAAGGGGUCUGAGAGGUGGUCUAAGGACAGUGACUGUGCAGAGAACAUGUACAUAGACAUGAUGUUGAGGCGUCACGCCCGCCACCUCCUUGAGCACAUCAGACUGAAAGAGCUGGGUUGUUUCUCUGCCCAGCUGGGCUUCGAGCUGAUUAGCUGGCUGUGCCACGAGCGCACGCGGGUGGCGCGGGUUGAUGAUUUUGUCAUGGCGCUGAAGUGUCUCCACAAGGACUUCCUGUGGCCGUUUCCUGUCACCCCAGCCGGCUCCAUCAGCUCGCCUUUCAAGAACGGACACCGCAGGACAGUGCUGAGCCAGCAUCUACUGAAGUCCCAGUCAGCAGACAGCCUGUUGAACAGUGACAUGGACACAGCGCCCCCGCAGGCCGCAGCACGCAUCAGCAACCACACCUGGCUAGACGGGCUGGGAGCUCUUGGACCUACAGAGCCUACAGAGAUGGACACUGCCUUGUCCCACGGGGGGCCACAGACACAGGAGGCCUUCCUCUCUCCACUAACCAACAAAACGGAGGAGUGCAGUAUCGGUUCUGCCACAGACCUGACAGAGACCAGCAGUAUGGUGGAUGGAGACUGGACCAUGGUGGAUGAGAACUUCUCUGCUCUCAGUCUGACCCCCUCUGAGCUGGAACACAUCUCCAUGGAGCUGGCUAACAAGGGACCACACAAGUCCCAGGUCCAGCUACGGUACCUCCUGCAUGUGUUCAUGGAGGCUGGCUGUCUGGAGUGGUGUGUUGUGAUUGGUCUGAUCCUGAGAGAGGCCACAGUCAUCAAACAGGUGGUCAACUUCCUGGACAGCCCCGAGGUUCCUCAUGAGACCGUCCAGAGUGUGCGCUCCGGGCUGCUAGGGGUCGACGCAUGGGCCUCCACUGACUGCCUGGGCUAUAAGCCCUUCCUGAACAUGAUCCGGCCCCAGCUACAGAAGCUCAUAGAGACUUCUGUAGAGCAGAUCCAGCCUGAAGCCUUCCUGCCAGGGGCUUCCAACUCGAAGCUGGCUGAGCCCCAGCCCGGAGGCCCCAGUGCGGAAGACAGUAGGGGGCCUGCUCUCCUGGGUCUGGCCCUUCCUUUGGAGCCCCCUGGGGGGUUAGGGACAGAGGACGGUGGAGUUCCAGAGGAGCAGGAGGAACAGGCGGUGGACGAGGGGGUGUACGACUGCACUCUGUCCUGACAUGCCCAGUCCUGACCUGAGUCAUGUUCAUUAGGCACCAAACGGAAGAAAAUGGACUGAAACAGGGAGGGACUGACUAUAUUGACUUAAACUUUUUUGCUACGGUAAACCCUGAUGAAUGCAGCCCUUUUCUGACCUCUGACCUUGCUGGUCGGGCGUGAUGGGACACGGGAUGAGGAAGAAAGACACUGGAAGUCUCAGACUAAACUCUGUGUGUCUGGAACCAGUUUGUUGACUGACGUGGACUCUGAUAUUUUCCAUUGUGUGUGAGACUGUGUGUCAUGGUAUUGUGUGUAUUACUACACUGUGUGUGUAACAAACGCUAGAGGACAUUCUCUCCAGUCCGGAUACUUGUCCAUCCCGGUGGCGGAGCAGGGUCAGUGAGAGUGAGUGGUGAGUGAGUGAGUGAGUGAGUGAGUGAGUGAGUGAGUGAGUGAGUGAGUGAGUGAGUGAGUGGGGGCUCUUGUGUUUUAAGAGUGUCAGUAUUGUCCAGUUGAUUAUGGAGUUGAGUCAUUGCAGACAUCGUUAGUCAGGACACAGCCGAUUCAUAACAAAAAAAAAUCUUACCUAAAAAUAUAGAUAUGAUCGAUGACGUGCUUCUAACCUCCUAUUUAUUUUGCUCCACGUAAACAUUUUUUUUUUUAAAAGAGAGAUUUGCCCACAGACAAGAGUUUACCAGACUGAGUUUGGGCUAACCAGGCUUUAUUCUGGGACUAAAGCAGGCAGUUUGUGUUGCAAGUUAGCACUUUAUCAAAAUAUGCUUUCUGGGCUAUAGUGUCUAGAUAAACAUUUCAGAUUGCCAUGAUGACGUGCUGGGCAAGAAGCAUCCGGGUUAUUGUCUGUCAGACCCGUCACAUAUUAAGCUUAAUUGGCUCAUUCCACAUUACAGAAAGUUCAACCUAUAACUGUUGUCACAGUUUGUGCAACUGAGUUCAGAUAUAACUUUUUGCAAGGAAUCGCCCCUGAAAUCAACUAUGUGCUGGACAAGUUCUGAGAUGCACUGAAUGAAGUGUGUGUGUUACCUCCUACUGUACCGUGGAUUUAAAGACAUUUACUGAUGCCUUGGUCAAUUAUGUGAUAUUAUUCUACAACAUUACUUCAUGAGACGAUGUCAGUCCCCUCACUAAGAUAUUAAAGACUAGUGUGAGAAUUCUGUUGGUGGAGAGAGAAGACGUGUGUGUGUGUGUGUGUGUGUGUGUGUGAUGACCUGGAUUGGAGGUGAAUGAUAUUGACGAGGGCCUGACCAGGCCUCAACCAAACCAUGACUGACUCCUGAAGGGAGAAUCUCUGAGGACAAACCACAUUAUUAUGGCCAUCCUGACCUGCGUCUUUACACACAUGCUUUAGGAUUGGCCCUAGAAUUGAUGUAUUACUGUUCAGUUGGCUUCCGUCAUGCUGGAGGAUCCAAACUGAGACAAACUAUAUUCAUAAUUCACUUUGUGUUGAUGUCAUGCCAGAGAUCAUUUUUAUUUGCCCCAUUUUUAAAUAGAUAAAUCACCAACUGAUGCACACUUUGGUGUUAAUUCAAUGUCACAUUUCAGUAUCGUUUUCUUAAGGUAGGAUUGUGUUGGUCUCUACUUAGCAAUGGCUGUGGAGUUGAAUAGGUCCUAUACUAUUUAAUGUAUUCUGACAUUGUUUCUAUAGGAAUUUAAGUCUGUAAGGGCUUGGUUGUUAUCACCAUGGUAACAUGGCAGUAACAUACCAAAAUCUCAAUCAUGUAAAACUGAAAACAUCUCCAACACAUACACCUGUGUGUAUGAUGUGGAACAGUAAAGACUAAGUACAGUAUCCUCACAUGGAAUCUUUUAUGUCCAUCAGUAUUAUUA